AUGACGGAUUCGGCUGAGCAUCCCGGGUUUAACAACGCGAGCACCUCUGCGACGGCGGCAUCAUCCUCUCCAGCGCCCGUCGCCUCGGCCUCGACCUCGACCUCGACCUCGACCUCGACCUCGACCUCGUCCUUGCACAACGUUGAGAAUGACUCGACACGAUCUUUAGGAGGCCAUGCGCUGGGUGUACGGCCGUCGAUGAUCGACGUGCAACCGCUCUUCUCGAGCGACGUGAGGAGCGCUCGAGCAAUCGCACUUGCAACCGCUGCCGCAGCCCCAUCGACCUCGACCCCGAGCGGCACAGGGUCGCCGCCUUCGCCACUGAUCAUUUCGUCGUUGCGGCCGUCGACCUCGAGCACAGCUGCAUCGUCGACCUCGUCCCUGACCGAGUGCGCCGCCGCGUCCCGCAGUCGAGAUCGAUCAUCGUCGGCCUCGUCCGCGGCCGGCGACACCGCUCGCGCGACCCGGCGUCCCUUCAAUCGGCGCAAGAACGGCUACGGAUCAGGCAAGUACCACCUCCAAGAGCUAUGUGGCGCGACGGGAGAGACCAGUCCUGACCCAAGUCCAUUCUCGCACGCACGACAGGCGCCAACGCUGCGAACGCCCCCUCGACCUCGACCGCCGGCACAUUCCUGACCCGGUUCCUAGGAUCCUUUCGCUCGCCACCACCAGAGCAAGGGUCGGAUGACGGAUCCAAAGAUGCUUCUAAACGGCCCCUACUUCCACGUAGCUUGUCGAACCCGCUGCAGUCUCGACCGAGACCACCGUCCGAUGGACCCGGGUCGACAUCCUCGAUCCCCUCCUCUCGGCAGGCGCACCGUCCUGCAAGUCCUCUACCCGCUUCGACCCAAUCCAGUCGACCAGGCUCCUUCUCGGACGAGCCCAAUAUCAGGCGCGUGUCGUCGGACCUCGUUGGAGCCAGCCGGGAACUCUCACGACCGACAUCGAGCGGCUCGGGCUCGGGCUCGGGCUCAGCGCAGGGCAAGCACCGGUUCCAACCUUCGUUCCGACGACUAAGCUCAACUGGUACGGCACGAGACUCGCAAGCACAUUCGCCGAUGGUUUCACCGUUCCUCGCAAACGACGUGCCCCUGGCUUCCCCGAUCUCACCAGCGUCGACGGUACGGGCGGGUAAGGAACGAGAUCCGAUGGAAAGGACUUCUUGGUACGAUGCGCCGCGCGUGCCUCGAAGGGGGAGCGGCUUCAGCCAAAAGACUCUGUUGCCCGAUAGGACACCAACACUGUCGGCAUCCAACUCGUUCCCAGUUCUUGGCCCGAUUCUUGAACCCGAGCCCGUCUCGUCGGCGACACUUGAUGCUCCUCUCGGCCUCAUCAAUUCCCUCAUCCCGGCGGCCCUCGUGAUGCUCGCGCAGCUGGGACCAUCGCACCUGUUUUCGCCCGCUGUAAUAUCCGGGGACUGCUCCGCAGAAAGUUUCUCUGCGCCUUUCACUUCCCCUUACAUGUCGUCCUCGGCCGCCAGCCGUACGACUGAACUGCCUUACCCCGCAUCCGAUCGCGCCUCGAUCGCGUCGUCCUUCACGUCCAAGACGUCAUCGCACGACACAGGUGGGAUGUUCGGCUCGACUAUGAGCCACGUCGCGACCUCUCACUCGCAUGAGCUCCAUGCGCCGAGCACGGUCUCGCUACCUGCCGUUAGUGUAGCCGCGUUGUGGAGGCUGCUGCGGGGUCUCGAGUGGAUUACUGGGGUGCAGAACAAGGAGUCGACCAAUAUGAUAACUCAAUCGGCACCGAACAAAGACCACGACUUCAAUCCGGACUCGACGCGGAUCGCGGGUGACGCCAACGAACACGAAGCAGCGCCCUCUUUUGACUUCCCGUCCAUGUUGCAAGGCGUUGCGGAUGUCUUGGCGGCGACUGCGGCCGCAAAACACAUCGAGAUCAUCGUCGGCAGGAUGGGCCAGAGCAAGCCACCUAGCUCACCCUCGACGCCUUCGAUGUCGGAUAGCUCGGAUGGUGUGCGGAAGCCUGCCGCAUGUGCCACUCUCGACCAGCGGUCAGAGAGCAGAGAGUGCCUUGUACAAGGUGACGAGAGCGCUUGGUCUAUCGCACUGAUUUGGGUACGUAGGAAGCCUAGAGUAGUGCCCUGGAGACCGCGAGGGGAGAGAUGAGAGCUGACGAUUUGCUCACGCACCCGAAUUCCUAGAUCCUGCAUGACGUUAUUUCGCGUGCCCCAUCGGGAUCGAGCCUCUGCAUUCGAUUUCAAGCCACGCCAGCUUCAUCGCAAUCCGUCGAAUUGUCACCCAUGGUUGAGCAGCCGAUAGAGGAUGCGAAUCAACCCACACAGGCCUACAUCAAGACCCGGCUGAGGUCUGACCAGAUGUGGAGGGUGUCGACCGGAAUUGCCCUCGUUCGGACCACCCCCGGCUCUCCCGCACCUUUCGAAGCGAUGUCUCCGGUCGAUCCGUCAUCACCAUCGGCUCUGGCCGUGCGGAAAGCGCAAGCUAUACUCGAUCACCCUGAUCUCAAAGCGGACGUUCGGACAUUUGAGUCAUUCGACGCCAACAACUCAUGGACCAUUGAAGGUGUUCUAGCUGGUGGCAUGCCGGCGGAAUCGUCGUCUGCGGACGAGGACACGAUCUUUGGACGACAAAGGGUUGCCAGCGAGUCCCAUGAGGUGUCGGGUCGCCACGAGCCCAUCGCCGAAGAUCUUAUUCGCUUCGCCCGUACGUCGCUCCAAGGACUGCGUGUUGCGUUGCAUGCGGGCGAAAACAGCUCGUUUGCGAAGCACCUGACGCAUCACCUCGCCGGAUGGGGCAUGGACUUGACCCACAUUGCUCUCGACCACGACGAAGCCGCUUCAACCAAAAGUGGACGGCCUCGGUUCGACUCGGGCGAUCAUUCCAACGAGCCUCUCAACUCACCGCUCAGGAAGCUGGGGCUGGCGGAUGAACUCUCUCUGAGCAGUGGUGGAGUCCCUUCGGACUUGGCUACCGAUCCGGCUUCGAGUCUAAUCGUUAUUGAUGACGACGUCACCACGCUGCGGCGACUCCUCUACACCCUCCGUGCGCUGCCUCUGCACUACCAUCAAGCGCUUCCGACCAAGCGGCCUCAGCUUGCCACACGCCGCACUCGCUCGUCACCCCACGUCCGUCAGAUCACCCAAGUGCCGCAAACCCAAGCGACUUGGGUCAUCAUCCAUUUUGCGAGCUUGACGCAGUACAAGACGAUCAAGGAGCUGGUUCAAGACGCGCUCGCACAUGCGAAAUCGCCCAGCUUGCCCGAGGUGCUCGUGAUUCCCAAGCCUGCCGGCCCGAGACGUAUCCUCACGGCGCUGUGGACGGCCUUGAAGCGACCCAGCAUCGACCCCUCCCUCCCUCCGAUUGCGACUUCGCCCUCGGCCCCGGGCGUGCAGUAUUGGUCGCCCAAGCUCUCGCCCGCUGUCGGUGGUGACGAGGGUAAACCAGAGUUGGCCAGUGACAGGGGCGAAGGCAAUGUAUCGGGUGGCAAUGCGAGUGUGCGGGUCCACACCCCACCGCCGAACGGUCACCCUCCUUCGCCUUUGGAGACGAUCUCGGACGAUCAAAUGUCGUACUUUUCGGGCAUGGCUCAGAACAUGGACGGUGCCACGCCCAGCGAGGGAGUUGUCUUCCAGAGCCCAAAUGGACGACCGGCCAUCUUCUUUCAGCCCUCGACUCGUCGUGUGAGCAAUGGGAAGACGCACCGCGACAGGGAUGCAUCGGUUCCGUCGGUACGGUCACGCCAAGGCAGCCAAAACACGGCCACUUCACCCAAGAUUGGCGAAUCGUUCGCUUCGCCUUCGUCUUCCCAAGCCGCGCCUGUUGCGACUCCGCACGAGAUCGGCCUCGGGCACAUCCGUCGAAGUUCUAGCGGCAGUUCAUCGACAAGUCCGAAGAACGAAUCGCCCCAUCUGAUUCCGAUUGGGACGCCGGCCUUGACGCUCGAUUCGUUCAUCCUGUCCGCCAAAUCGCGGGCUGCAGGUGAGGAAGACCCGCUCCUCAUGGCUGACCCUGGGACGAAUGUGCCAAGCCCACGGCCGUCGGACUCGCUGCGACGCCAAGGCUCAUCUGCCUCACUCACGACACGCCGUUUGACUGCACCUACCCCAUCGUCAAGCGGCACGGGUGCGGUGGCAGGCUCGAGCUCGCCGAGGAUGGGACCAUCAGGAGUGAGCGCUGCCGCGGCCCGGCGUGUCGGUUCCAACACGUCCUCCACCCCGCCAUCGAUGUCGCCUUCGAUCGGAGGAACGGGUACCGCUUCAUCCAACAAGACUGCGACCUCGGCACCAGCUACGCCGCAGACGUUUCACUCGAGCCCGCCGCGUCGGCCCACGACGGGCCACUCGCCCAAGAGUCGUCGGCGCCCGAGCCGCAAAGUGACGCUGCCGGCCGUGCCUCCGAUCAAUGUGCUCAUUGUUGAAGAUAACCCCAUCAACCAAAUGAUCUUGUCGACGUUCAUGAAGAAGAAGGGGAUCGCGUAUGCGGUCGCCAAGGAUGGAGAAGAAGCGGUGCAGAAAUGGAGAGCGGGGUCGUUCCAUCUCGUGCUGGUGAGUCCGCAGCAGGUCGGAUCGGGCUCGAGCAGAUGUUGUUGCAGUUGACUCAAAGGUACCUUCUUGCUCCGUGUUGCAGAUGGACAUCCAGCUGCCCGUCAAGGACGGAAUCGAAGCAACUCGCGAGAUUCGGGAGAUGGAGCGAGCUAACAACAUUGGCACUUUUAUCACAACGCCGACGACCGAUAUCGCUUCGCCCAUCUCGAGUGCCAGCAGCAGCUUGCCCUCCUCACGGUCUUCGCCCGUGGUCGGUAGUCCCAUCUCUCCGCUACAACUGAACAUGCCCGUCAUCAUCGUUGCGUUGACCGCCUCGUCGCUGCAAGCCGAUCGAGUGAACGCUCUCGCUGCUGGCUGCAACGAUUUCUUGACCAAGCCCGUCUCGCUUGCUUGGCUGGAGAAGAAACUUCGCGAAUGGGGCUCGAUGGCGUACCUGUCUGGCUUCUCGGCCUUCCCAAGCGAUGCGAGUCCCUCCUCAGUCAGGUCUAGCACGUUGACGACCCCAGCUACGAGUCGAAGCUUGAGCGAGACGAGCAAGCGCUCGUUCGUGUCUGGGAUGUCCUCGAAGGCUGCCAUCAUCUCUCUGCAGUUGCACAUCGCUCCCAAAGCAACACACGCUGCGACCCCGACCCCUCCCGGUGGUGGCCUCGGGCGGGUUUACGACAGCGGCAACGGAAGCGGCAGCGCCGGCGCCGGGAUCGAGGAACACCGCGACGGAACGAUGAAGAGCCAACCGGUGCAGGCGAUUACAACCGAACGCAACUUGCCCGUCAACACUUCCGAGGCUACGCCGUCGGACCCUUCAUCUUCCGCGGCCACGCCGUCGGACCCUUCAUCUUCCGCGACCGAGAACCCUACUGUCACGAUUCAAGCUCCGACGCCCGAGACCUCGCUUGCCGAGGAACCGUCCGCAAGCAAAGAUGUCCCCAAGGUUCCGAGUACGAUCGCCGAGGACACUCCUUCACGAUCAGCCAUCGAUGACCAAGACGGCGAAGCUCCCGUCAUCAAUGACGAGACGAUCGCGACCGUCGACGACAAGCUGAGACAUCUCGCAUCGGUGGCCCAGCAAGGCUCGUCUGAGCCCUCCAACGAUGGGCCGCUGCUACUCACGCCAUCGAUAAUGGCGUCGAAGCGGCCUGGUCCGUCACCUUUGGCUCAGUCCGCGACCGCUUCCUACGAGGAUGAGUCUGCAUCACACGCGCACGAGGUGUCACCACCAGCGGACUCUCCUUGA